GCGUUGUCGACCAAAGGUGUCUCUUCUCUAUUGACAUUCACCUUUUGGCAUGUUAUCACGUUCCGGGUCACUUAUCUCCUCGUCUUUAUCCUCAUCUUUAGCGCAAUAAUGCAGAUUCGAUACAUCAACCGAGCGCUGCAGCGUUUCGAUUCGACCCAGGUGAUCCCGACUCAGUUUGUUCUUUUCACUCUGUCGGUCAUUAUCGGCAGCGCCAUUCUCUAUCGAGACUUCGAAUCUUUCACAGUGAAGCGUGCCAGCAAAUUCGUGGGCGGUUGUCUUUUGACCUUCUUGGGAGUGUACUUCAUCACUAGUGGAAGAGUCCGUAGCGACACGGAGUCCUCUUUUUCGGCUGAUGACGAGGAAGAAGCUAUCGGGCUGCUGGCGGGGGAGCGCUACCAUGAUCAUGUCGAUCUGUCGCCAAAUCUAGCUCCGCAAGCCAAAUUACAUCAGCCGGGACGAACUGUGCACACCUUUCAGGAUGGCAGUCUGGAAUCUCCCUCCGGGUCACUUAUCAGUCGUGGCCUCGAGGAUGUGGAUGAUAAUUUGCCUACUCCUCGGGGAGCUCUGUCUGCUGCCCCAUCAUCCCCGACGGGUUCGCUCAUCGCGGAAUCAGAAUCACGUCGCUCCGAUGAGCCCGCUUCACCUGUACACCCAAGCUCCCUUCUAAGAAACCCAUGGGCUGAGUCUCGAGCAUCAACGUCGGCCUCAAGCCAUCGCCCAUCCACCCCUCCUCAACAUCCUGGAUCAAUCGCACAUGAAUCACCAUUCCUGCUUCGCUUCCCUCCUGCUCCUGGCGCAGAAGACGGCGAACCGCGAGACACGCCCACUGAAGGAACUCAGCAGAAUGUCCGAAAUGUUGUUGUCCCGCAGACCCCACCGGCACGGAGACUGCGCAAUUCCAUCUCUAACUUCUCGCCUGGCCCUUUCCUCCCCGCAAUCUCAUCUGGGUUCAGCGCGGUGGUUGCUGAGUCGCUUCGUCGUGGCGAGAUCAGCCCCAACAAGGGUCGAAAGAUAGGACGACGGAUAGGCCGGAAGAAGCAGCUGAGCACGACAGUCUUGGAUGGAUACACUCGAACCAGAAACGGCGACACACUUGAGCCCAUCCGUGACUCGGAUGGAAGUGCUGGAGUGGGACCUAACUCCCGGUUUCCAUUGUUAGAUGCCCGGCUUCACUCUACGGGUGAGCUCUCUACAGCUCCUGUGACUGUCGGUGCUGCCACUCCUGGGCUCGAAUCGGAUGCAGGAACUGGAACGCCCAAACCACAGGAUAUUGCCUCGCUGUCGCGACUUCGAAGCCUGAGUGAUUCGUGGAGCGGAGGACUGGCCUGGCUCGGCGGCGUUCUCCACAAACCCGGUGCGAGGAGAGGGUCCGCUAAUCCACCUCUGCCAGAAGACCAAGGAUUUGACGGCAGUGCCGGGGCACCGGGCAGCCAAACCCAGCGUGGGUCCGAGUCUGACGCGCAGGUGUAGUAGGCCGAGAGUUUCUCAGGUGGCUGAGUCACACCACUUGUUAGUACAUACUCUUGUUUUCGAGUAACAUAUGGGCGGAAGAUAAUCUCAGAUAGCAUCGGCAUUCCCUUUGCACUAUAUGGGGGUUUAAUAGACUUUAGCGUUAUGAUUUAUCGGUCGAGAUGGGAGGCGAGUGAAGGUUUCAAUUCUGUAUAACACUGUAUGCAGUGAAAAUGGAAGAGACGAGCUCUGCCCACAUGUACAGUGGAUUGACUGAAU